GUCACGCCCCUGCCUCUGUAAACACAACUAAUAGUCUGUAUGCAUUAUGGUGGCCAUGUUUUCUGUUCCCACUAUAGUAUAGUUUAGUAAAAGUCUGAUACUUGAUAUAUAAUCUAAAGACACUAUAUAAUCUGUAUUAAUACAAACGAGCGGCUUUAAGAACUCGGACGUAGAGACCAAUCAGGAAGUAGAUCAGAUCUAGAUCUGGAACAAAAUUUUCUAGUAGACCUCUCGAGAGUUUAGAUCUAGAUCUAGAUUAGAUCUAGCCUAGAUCUAUAUAUAUAGAAUCUAGAAAGCUGUCACUUUAGUGGAUUUAUUGGUCUAGUAGCACUUGUACAUACAGUUGGCAGAGAAAUCAGUUCGUUUCUAUAAGUGCAGAAUUAUGGGAAGCAGAAGAAAGAGUACUGGCGGGAACAGAGACGAUCAAUUCGAACCGGAGGAUGAGUCUAGUGGUCAACGUGUCAACCGAAUGAUCUACUUGGGCAUGGUGCAUCCUGGGACAUUUGCUCCUUGGGACGGACUAGAAGCCACUGUCCCAAACGCAGCGCCUCUGUGGGUGAUUGGCAACAGGUACUCCAGCACGUCGCUCUCCUUCAGCGACACCAACCAGUACCGGACAGAAGAGGACGACGACGAGGACGACGAGGACUCGGACGAGGAAGAGGAGAAGUACGAGGACGACAUGCUGAACAUCAUGAGGGCGCAGGUCAACGCGGAGAGGAAGAUGAGAAAGCUGAUGAGGAUCAACAAGAGGAAAGACGAGGAGGAGUGGAAGAGCUCCAAUUAUAAACUGACCAGUCUGAAGGGCAAAGGAGACGCCGAACUGAUUCGCUUGCUUUUUGUGGUCGCCAGCGAGCCCUUCACAGAUGAGAGGCUGACCAAAGAAGAGUGGGAAGAAAGGAAAUCAAGUACUCCCUACCAGUCACUGCCCAUCUUGUCCAGAUGUCGUAAACAGUGGGGAGAAACUGGAGCCAUCGUCCGAAUGUUGGCCAGAAAACUGUUGCUGAUGGGCGUAUUGAACGACGAACACCUGAUCGUUGAGGCGACCUACGAGAGGCUGAGGCGUUUACAGAGCAAAAACAGCCGAGCCAUCUCCUGGGUGAUAAACGGAGAGAAGAACAAGGAAAAACUGGAGUGGGCCCAGAGUCAGCUGCUACACGUCAUCCUGCCCCCUGCCCUCAAGGAGUGGGAUCAACUGAUUCAGAAGACUAGAGGACCAUUCAUUGCUGCCUCGGGAAUGACGAUGGCUGACCUGGCAAUCGUGGACUUCCUGGACCAGUGCUCGUCACACCUGAUGAUUGACACCCUGAUGUCGGACUACAUGGCCGUCAUUGACCUGAUCACAGUCAUCAAGAACAACCCGAGUGUCAGGAAGUACAGCGACGACCGUCAUGAAGAUUGAGAGCCUUUUCGGCCAGUGGAUUGUCUCUACAUACUUAGCUACUUUCUAGUACUAUCAAAUCAUUUUUGUUUUGUCCCUUGUGAAGGAAAUGGGCAUGUCAUUUUAGGAUCUAGUGUAAAAAAAAUAUAUUAAUCGAAAGAAUAAUCAGACAUUAUGGAAUAUUUCUGCUUUGGUUCUUGAUCUAAUGACCAUUUUAACUGUUUCAUUUAUACGAUACUUUAAUAGUCUUAAGUUGAGUUUCUGACAAGUUUAUGAUUAAUUUUGGUCGUAGACCUAACUGGAUACUAAGAAGUGUCAGGGGCCCCCCAAGCAAAUAUUAGAAUCCCUUGGGGUUUCAUCACUUUUAAGAUUAGUACUUUCUUAUUUCGGUAAUAGCGGUGGCUGAGUGAUAAAGGUCUCAUCUACCCUAUAGAUCGCAAGGUCUGAAAGGAGUACUUAAUUAAUUUUUUUUUUAAAUGUGUAUUUCAUCAAAGCUGUUAAGAAAAAAAAAAAUUAAAACACUGUGCAGAAUGUA